AUGGCUAGGACAAAACAGACAGCUCGUAAAUCCACUGGGGGUAAAGCUCCUCGUAAGCAGCUGGCCACCAAAGCUGCUCGUAAAAGUGCUCCGGCUACAGGUGGGGUAAAGAAGCCUCACCGUUACCGACCUGGCACAGUGGCUUUACGGGAGAUCCGCCGCUAUCAAAAAUCCACGGAGUUGCUGAUUCGUAAAUUACCCUUCCAACGCCUAGUCCGUGAGAUUGCCCAGGAUUUUAAGACCGAUCUGCGUUUCCAAAGUUCGGCCGUCAUGGCUCUCCAGGAGGCCAGCGAAGCUUAUCUGGUUGGACUGUUUGAAGAUACUAACCUGUGUGCCAUCCACGCCAAGCGAGUUACUAUCAUGCCCAAAGACAUACAUCUAGCUCGCCGUAUCCGAGGGGAACGCGCCUGA